AUGGCGGCGGGGGCGCUGAUGACCAUGCCGGUGCUCAUUGUGAACAUGGGCGGGGAGAUGGUCUACAUUUUGGCCCAGCGCUUGCAGGCGCAGCAGAUCCCUUCCAGCAAGGGGCAGAAAGUCCUGUGCGACGUGGUACGAACCAUGUACUACCCGCGCUUUAUUGAGGAACUCUUUAAGCCUCAGGAGAUCUAUUCGCUGCAAUCCACGCGGCAGAUCUUCGACCGCCUGGCGCACUCCUCUAUCAUGAGGCUCAACGAGUCUUCCAUGGGAAAGCUGUUUGAUCUGAUGAUCAUGGGCUUCAAGUUGCAACUGAUGUCCGUGUCUCCUCGGGAGAUCAUUGACGUCACCAACAACCACCUGGAAGAGUUGCGGAGACUCGCAGGUGAUGGCGAAGGUGUGUCCUCACUUGUGGAGGAGUGCGUGACGCAAGUGAGACAGGCUUAUGGACAGAUGGGCUUGGCAGAUCUCUGCAAUAUGCGGCACUGCCUAGCCACUUUCGUCCAAGACUGCAAGGUCAAGGUGUCUCUGUUUCUUCAUGAAGGUACCCAAAAGAGCGACGGCGCGUUUGCCAUGCCAUCUUUUGGUACCCUUCAGGAAGGAGCUUUGCAGCCAGGAACCGUGAGGUAUUUCUCCGGUGGGCAGGAGGUUCGGAGAGAAGUGCUCAGCACGGUCACUGGCAACUCCUGGUUGCCCGCCACUGGGCAGCGAACCACCUUAGGCUCGAACAUCUAUGACAAGGAGCGGCGGCCGCCCAGCAGUAGCGCCUCGGCUCCCUCGGAGGUACAGGCUUCGGCGACGAAUACCGGCCCGCCGGCCCCUCCGGCCCCACCCCCAAGUCCCAUUGAAGUUGCCAAGACUGCGGCUGCUGUGGGCGAGCUGAACAUGUUAGCAUCGCUCAUUGGUGGCGGACAUGCGUCAACAGAGACCUUCAAGCUGGAGAACCUCUUCGGGCAUGACAUGUUUACCAAGGAAGGGCCUGGGACCAGUGGCGCUCAGGUGAUUCAGAUCGAUGGAGCGGCCGCGGGCGGUGAGCAUAGGGGCGCCCUGGAUUCGAUACGAGAUGAAUUGGAGGUGCCGGCACCGCCGCCCCCACCGCCUGAAGAGGGGGAUGACUUGCUGGAUUUGAUGGAUAACGCCUAG